AUGGCAACUUUCGAUACUGCGGAUGGCAACCUUGACACACAACGCCAAGCAGUGUUUUUACAGUUAAGACCUUUAUGUGUCUUUCUUAUGCAAGCUGUCACGUUCCCUGACGAUAAAAUUCAAGAAAUCAUUCAAACUAUCAAAAAAUUACACAAAAAUCUUGAAGCUAUACCUGAUGCAUCUAGAAGUGAUGGAUUUAUUGAAGGUUUUUUAAAUUGUAUUGAAUUUUUAUUAACCUCUAGUUGGAAUAAUUAUAUGAUGCCUGGUCAAUUCAGACAACUCUUAAUUUUACUUAUAAGCAUUAUUGGUAGAUCAUUUAAUUCUGGAUAUUCUGGAUCAAAAAAUUCAACUGAAAGUGAUCAAAUAGUAGAAAAAAAUAAAUCUCUUUUUAGAUCUAGCUCUUCUCUUUCUGAAGAAACAAAAUUAGCUGGAGUUAAAUGUAUCUUUGCUUUAUUACAUUUAAAAGUUGAAAGUACUGAAAAAAAUUAUAAUAUGUCAACACGUCGUGAUUUACUUUUAACUGAACUUAGAGACAUUCAACUUAGAAUUGUUAUUGGACGUUGUGUAUAUGUACUACUUGAAAUCAUUACAACUGAGCGCUUAUUACAGUUGAAAAUAAUAACUCUUGAAGCUUUGGAACGUUUGAUUUCUUGUAUCGAGGAGCCAGGAAUAAUAGCUGCUUUCCUACCUGGUGUUUUAAGUACUUUAAGCAAAACUUUGGUGAAAGAUCAAAAAGAAAAUCAUCAAUUAUUGACAAAAAUAGUGGAUGUUUUGACAAGUGCAAUUUAUUUUGCAAUGAAUGAUGUCGUCAGUAAGUCUUUUAUUUCUAAGACAGAGACUUUGAGUGAAUUAAAAGACGUAUUAGUUGGGAGUGAAAGCACAAACCAGCUUUCAUCAUGGCAUAAAGCUACCAAAUCACAGAUUAAAAUCUUAAUAGGUCAUAUAUUCACUAUACGCAAUCAUCCUUCAUGGCAACUUCGUUUAGCUUUCGUGAAUUUAUCUUACAAACUACUUUUUGAGUGUACAAAGUCUCUAGUUAAUUGUGGGCAUAUAUUAAUAGAAACUUUUGUUUUUUAUUUAAAUGAUGAUUAUGAUCAAGUUUCAAUACUUUGUAAAAAACAUAUGGAAUCUUUGCGAAUGCAUCCGGAUUUUAUGGAAAAUUUAACACCAAUACUUAAAGAAAAUUUCAAUUCCUGGUUUACUUCGUUACCAAGAUAUAUUAUCGGACUAGAUGAAAAUGCGAAAUAUAAUGCAUUAUCAUUAAUAAUUGGUUUUGUUUCUCUAUUGGGUUCGGAAGUACAGACUGUACUUAACAUGUCAUUACAAAGAGUUUCGGAUGGAUUGCUUGAUUCUUUAAAUUUUGAUACUGAAGGUACUCAAAUAAUGGAAAAUAGGCUAUUAGUAGGGCAUUAUGAUGUGUUAUCUGUAUCAUCAAAUGAUUCACAGGAAUCUGAUCGUAUAUUACCAUCAUUUCCACAUCCACAUUUUAAAUAUAUACGUGAACAACGUGUAGCAUCUUCUAUAUCAAUUAUGAUUCGUUUAUUCGGGUAUUUCGGAAAUGUUACGUUUCUGAUCGAACAUUUUCUUGCUUAUGUUAGAGAUCCGGGUUCUAGAAGAUUUCAUGCCCAAUGUUUGUUUGUGAUUAAUGAGAUCUUGUUGGGUGCCGCUGGUAUUGAUAUAGGACCAAAUUCACGGUUAAAAUAUUUGACCGUUACUGAUCCAACAAAUACGUUACAAGACGUUAAACGAAUAUCAAAAUUCGUGCUGCAUGAAUACAUCGAAUCGGAUAUAUCAACAAAUGACCCGGAUUCUAAAACUUUAGUCAAAGUUAAUAAAGAAUCAAAUAUAUCGUCAUCAACGAACUCAAUAAUUGAAUCGCAGAAUUACUUUGUUUUAAUAAGUUGUCUUGUGUUGGAAGGAAUUGCAAACAUAUCUCGAGUUUUAGCGUUAGAUUUUAGAAUAGAAUUAAUGGAUGCACUCUAUCCGGUUCUUGAAAAAGUUGGUGAAACAAAUAAUCGUUUACAUGAAACUGCCGAUAUUGCUUUAUCUCAUAUCUCUAUAUAUUGUGGUUAUUCUUCUAAGAAAGAAUUAGUGUUUGAAAAUGUUGAUUAUCUUGUCAACACCGUGUCCAGAAAAUUAAAUCAAAUUAUGAUAAAUCCUAAAACACCACAAGUACUUACUGCGAUGAUUCGAGUAGUUGGUAUUUCUUUACUAUCCUACUUGGAUGAUUCAAUAGAGGAAAUUUUUGAUGUCUUGGAUGCGUACCAUAUGAAACUAAAUUCAUUAGAUCCACUAGCAAAUGCCCUGUUCGCUAUAGUCUCUACUAUAUCUGAUUCUUUUGAAGAAAAAGGAAAGGAUAUAAAUCUUACUAACGAGGAAAAAAUUCAGGAAUGCACAGAAUCUGAUACAAAGAUCUUAUCUAAAGAGAUUGCGGAAUUUGUAAAGACUUAUUCUUUAGGAAAGGCUCAAACACCAUCUGUUCCAAAAGAACAAGCAACCCUAGAAGAAAUUGACAAAUUGCUUAAUUUUCUUACGGCAUCAUCACCUCAAUUACGAGUUCUGGUUCUUGACGUUAUACGUAUAGUGCUUCCAACAUUACGAUCUAUUCCUUAUGAACUUUACCCUCUAAUUCAUAGAAUCUGGCCCUCUGUUUUGAAUAGAUUAAAAGAUAAAGAACAAUUUGUUGUUCUCAGUGCUGCACGACUUAUACAAGAGAUUGCUAUCUCUUGUGGCGAGUUUUUUACCAGUCGUGUUAUUCAAGAUGUUUGGCCAUCAUUUCAAGGAUUACUUUCUCAGCAAACUACAAUUGAUAAAGAAUUUGUAGGCCUUAUUGAUUAUACUUUUUCCCGAUCACAUCGGUUAAAAAAGACGAUACUAGAAACCAUGAAGGUAGUGGUCAACCAUGUGUCAUUAUCUAAUAAAAUAACAUCACAAAUAAUCGAUACACUAUGGCCAUUUUUAAGCGAAGAAAUUAACGAAGAGCUUCAAGUUGCUGCAAGAGAAUUGUUUCGAGAAUUUGCUCGUAUAAAUGCGAACACGACUUGGCUAGUGCUUAGAGGAUUAGUAGAAGAAUACACAUUUAUGGCGCCACCUAAUGAUGCAAAUAUGUUGGAUAAUAUUGUUUGGCCAAAGUAUUUAUGUAGAUUUCCUAAAGGUGAUAAAAGGAAUUUAUUUGCACGAAAUGUAGAAAUUUUGUUGGAUGAAAUUUGUGCCGAUAUUUCAUGUUAA